ACACUUUUUUUGAAGAGAGAGAAUCCAUGUUUAAAUACACUUUUUCUUUUUCUUUUUUCACAUUUUUUCUAUCUUUGGAAACUUAUUUGUUCUUGAUCCCUAAAAAUUUGGAUCAUGUUUAUCAUGAAUCUUUGAGGGAGGAAGCAUAUGAAUAGGUGAGUCACCAAAAUUGGAUCAUUUGAUAAAAGGUUAUAUUUUUAAAAAAGUUUAUAUACGGUGUCAACCCAAUAUAUUGGGUCGAUAAUCUAGAAAAAUGGAGCGAUUGGGAAAGAUGUCGCAUACAGAAUUGGAGCUGGGUGGGUGAAGUGGAGAUGUGGGAUUGGAAUUUUACAAAUGAGUUUUAUAGGAUAGCGGUAAGGCCACUUUGCUUUUAUAGAGCGGAAUGUUGGGCAUACAAAAAACAAUAUAUUUAUAAAAUGAUUGUAGCAGAGAUGAUGCUGAGAUUGAUGAGUAGUAAGACAAGAAGGGAUAGACUUCGAAAUAAAUCUAUUCGAGAGAAUUUAGACGUGGUACCAAUAAGUUAUACAAUGAGAUAGUAGACUUAGGUGGGUUAGUCAUGUGUGGUACUGACUAAAUACAAGACCAGAGAUAGGGCUAAAACGUUGUAAUUAAAAGUAGUCUGAAAAGAUAUGAGGACUUAUAGUGACAUAUGACUUUUAAUAAGGAUAUGACCUUUAAUAGAUCUUAAUGGAGAACUAAAAAUCAUGCAAUCGACAUCAAUUAAUUAGAAAAAGCUAAAAUGAGGAAUAAAUGAUAUAAUGUAAAGUAAAGUGGAUCUCGAAAAUGUUUUCCUAACAUCAAGAAAUCAUAUAAUUAAUCAUCUCCACCUCUAGAUGGAUUUUCGAACCAUCUUUUUUCAAAUUUUUCGAAUGUCUAUAGAUGCGUUAGAUCUAUACCAUUUUUAAAGUUUUAAAUUCAUAAUUAAUGAUGAAAAUAAAAUUUUAAACUAUGAUAAAGAUUUCUAACACCCAAACAACAUCUUUUACAAAAAUUAAAAUGUGUACAGUACCGUCAUAAAUUUUUUUGUUUCACCAAAAAUAUUAUUAUUUUACGUGGUUAGUUAUUGGGGGAAUUUGUUAUCCAAAGUAGAUGUUUAUGAAAGAUAAAAAAAAAAUUUGGGCGUCUUUUCUCGUUAAUUAACUAACUUAUUGCUCUUGGUUAAUAAUUUAUGCCCCAUCAAAAAUUUUCAAAAAUAUUUUCAUCUGCACCAUUUUCUAAAAACAGGAAUUUUUUUUUUUGUUUUCGUUUGCCGUAGAUUCAAAGAAUGUAAGAUAGGGCACUCCAGAUAUUUUCUUAGAUCUUAGGGGUUCUUAUUAAAGAGGCAUUUGCAAGAAAAUGCCAUUUUAAGCCAAUUCCAGAAAUAAAGGGCAUCCCGGUAACGAUUAUCAAUGAGGGGGUACUAUCGAUAUUUCAUGACUUCUAGGUCAAUUACAAGUCAAUUUUUGUUCUUUGGCAAUCCCUAUGGAAACAGAAGGAAAUCUCUUACCCCUGCCCCAAGCAUGGAGAAAUAAAGAGAGCAAAAUCCACAGGUUUUCCUCUUUUCUCUCUCUUCCAGAAGCUGGUUUUUUUCUUCAAUGGAGGUUCCUCAAUGCAAGAGGUCAGAUGGCAAGGGAUGGAGAUGCAGCGCCAUGGCCUUUGGAGGCCGAACGUACUGUGAAAGGCACUGGUUGAUGCAGAAAAAAACUAGAGACAGAAAAUUGAACUCCAAAAUUGGGAAUGGAGAAAAUGAGAAGAAGUCAAUUAAGAGGAAGAAGAGCUCUGAUGAGAAAGAAAAUGGGUUUCACAAAAGGAAAAAGGUGAAGAGGGAGAAGAAGAGGGAAUCAGAGGAUGGGGUCUCUGAUAAUUAUUCUGACGAGGGGUCUGUGGGUUUGAUUGAUGAGAGAGAAAGAGAAUGCCGGUUAUCGAAGGGGUUAGGGUCUGUGGGUUUGGUUGAUGAGAGAGAAAGAGAAUGUCGGUUAUUGAAGGGGUUAUCUGGAAAGAAACAGAAGGAGGUGCGCAGCCUGUAUGGGAAGAACCCAAAAGCGGGUACUGGAUUCGAGAAGAAGAAGCUGGAUUCUGGGUUAUCAACUGAGAAGAAGAAGAGAGUUUCUGGGUUAUCAAGUGAGAAGAAGAAGGUCGUUCGUGUGAACUCUGGCGAGGUUGGUUGCAAGGUUUAUGGAGCACUGGACAGAGAUGAUGAAUUAAAGAGAGAGGAUGGUACCUGUAAGAAUAAGGAGAAGAAAGGUCUAAUGUGCCACCAGUGUCUGCAUAGUUACAAAGAUGGUGUCGUUGUUUGCUCGUACUGUGAAAAGAAGCGCUAUUGUUACACAUGUGUAACCAAAUGGUAUCCUGAACAAACACGGGAAGAAAUUGAAAAUGCUUGUCCAUAUUGUCGUGGCAAUUGCAAUUGUAAGGCGUGUUUGCGUGAAAGCAUUGCUGUGAUGGCCAAUAGAAAGGAAGUUGAUGCCAGUGUUAAACUGCGACGAUUGCAGUAUCUGUUACGUCGGGUCCUUCCUGUGCUGGAGAAAAUUUAUGCAGAGCAGGAUUUGGAGAAAGAGAUAGAAGCUAAGAUAAGGGGAGUUCAGCCAGCUGAUCUGGAUGUGGAAAGGUCAAAACUUAACCCUGAUGAACGUAUAUAUUGCAACAACUGUAAUACGUCGAUCGUCGAUUUCCAUAGAAGCUGCUCAAACCCGAAAUGUGAUUAUGAUCUUUGUCUUUCAUGUUGCCGGGAACUCCGUGAAGGUCGUCAGCCAGGAGGCAACAAGGCUGAAACUGCCCACCAACAAUCAAUAGAAAGAACCCAAAAUCGGGUAUCGGAUGACUCUUCCAAAGAUGUUAAUAGCAAACCAUGCAUACCCAGAAAAAGAUAUGGUUGGGAGAGUCAAGCGGCUGCUGCUAAUGGCCAUAUUGUGAUGCCCCCUUCUCUUCCUUUGCCUGAUUGGAAAGCAAAUGAAGAUGGUAACAUCCCUUGCCCCCCAAAAGUGCGGGGCGGAUGUGGGGCUUACACCCUCACGCUAAAGCGCAACUUCAAAACGAAUUGGGUUGUCAAGUUAUUUAACAAUGCCAAGGAACUCAUUGAUAGUAAUGAUGAAUUGUCUAAGGAUUCGGGGUUUUCUCAAAGAUGUCUUCGUUGCCCUCCAUAUUGGCAUUCAGAGAUUAUUGGUGAUGAUAAUAAAAAGUGUGACCUUAGGCUGGCGGCUCAUCGAGGUGACAGUGAUGACUUCCUCUAUUGUCCAAGUGCCCUUGAUGUGGGGAGCGAUGGGAUUGACCAUUUUCAGGAGCACUGGAUAAGAGGCGAGCCAGUGAUAGUUAGGGAUGUUAAUGAGAGAACAUCUGGACUUAGUUGGGAACCCAUGGUUAUGUGGAGGGCUGUUCGGGAGACAUCCAGAAAGAAGCUCCAAGAGGAGAAAACAACUGUAAAGGCCAUUGAUUGCUUGGAUUGGUGUGAGGUUGAGAUUAAUAUUCACAAAUUUUUCAAAGGCUACUUAGAGGGUCGCAUGCAUAGAGGUGGUUGGCCAGAGAUGUUGAAGCUGAAGGAUUGGCCUUCAUCCAGCCGAUUUGAAGAACGGUUGCCUAGACAUGGUGCUGAGUUCAUUGCAUCAUUACCUUAUUUCGAUUAUACUCAUCCAAAUUUGGGUCUUCUGAAUCUAGCCACAAAGCUUCCUGACGGUUGCCUAAAGCCAGAUUUAGGACCCAAGACAUACAUUGCAUAUGGAUCCUAUGAAGAGCUUGGUAGGGGUGACUCGGUAACAAAGUUGCAUUGUGAUAUGUCUGAUGCGGUUAAUGUUCUAACCCAUACAAAGGAGGUGAAGUUUGCAUCGUGGCAACGGAAGAGAAUUAGACAAAUGCAACAUAGGCAUGAAGAGGAAGAUGAGAUUGAACUGUAUGGUGGGGCAGACAAGGCUGUGGAUAACGCUGCUGAGGAAAAGGUGGACAACUCAGAUAUAGGUAGGGGCCAAACAGCGAAUAAAGGAUCUCUCUCUCCAAAAUGUGGUGAUAAAGUCGACAGAAACUUCCCAUUGCCAGAGAAGAUGGACUUAGAGAUUGUACCAGAAAAACUAGAUCAAAAAAUGAGUAUCUAUACAAAAAUUUCAGAUGACCAUGAAUCUGAGAUGACACAAGGCUGUUCAAAAUCUGAAGGUAGUGAAGAAAAUUUACCAUUGUCAGUAAAGAUAGAUAAUGAUCGACAGUGGUUAGGUGGCUCAGAAAAAUUAGAUCCAAAAAUGGAUCUUGAGACAAAAUUUUCAGAUGCAAAUCUAUCUGCGAUGAGAGUUGAAUUUUCAAAGUGUGUGGAAAGUAAUGUGGAAAAUUUGGUAUUGUUGAGAAAGAUGGACAUUGGCCCAGAGAGAUUGGAUGGGUCUGAAGAAUUAGGUCAGAAUGACACUGAAUCUGAGAUGAGAGAAGGUUGUUCAGAAUGGAAGAACAGGAUUGAGGAACAAUCACCAUUGUCAGAAGAGAUGGACAUUUAUCCAGUGAGAUUAGGUCAUCAACAAAUUGAGAUGAAGGCAUCCUCUAGUACAAGGAACGAUUCCGAAGUUGUAGAGCCACAGAGAUCUCACAGCCUUUCGCCAGCUGAAGUUCAUUCUUUUGAAGUAACACCAGAUAAGGAUGCUGAUAAUGCGGAAGGCACAUCAGGCGUUUCGGAAGAGGAUAGGGCUGAGGCUUCUAAAUCCAGUGGAGAAGCUUUAGUGAAUGGCUUUGUUCACCAAGAUGAUGUUUCAGAUGUUGUUUAUGGAGGCGCUGUUUGGGAUAUUUUCCGGAGGCAGGACGUUCCAAAGUUAAUAGAAUAUCUCGAAAAGCAUUGGAAGGAAUUUCGCCAUAUCAGCAAUCUUCCUGUGAACUCGGUUAUUCAUCCUAUUCAUGACCAGACACUUUACUUGAAUGAAAAGCACAAGAAACAGCUUAAAGAGGAGUUUAAUAUUGAACCUUGGACUUUUGAGCAACACUUUGGUGAAGCGGUAUUUAUUCCAGCUGGUUGUCCCCAUCAAGUGAGGAAUAGAAAGUCAUGCAUUAAAGUGGCUCUGGACUUUGUAUCUCCUGACAAUGUCGAAGAAUGUGUUCGAUUGACAGAAGAGUUUCGGUUGCUUCCAAAAAGCCAUAGGGCCAAGGAAGAUAAAUUAGAGGUGAAGAAGAUGGUUUUAUACAGUGUGAGUGCAGCUGUUAGAGAAGCUCGACAGUUGAUCACAGAACUCAACUGCGUCAAGUGGUAUCAGAGCAUCGAUUUUUGUGAGAUCGUAAUGCUCAUUGAAAAGGCAUCGUGCUUUGUGGACGUGCUCAAUAGGUAGCUAUUGAGAAUGAGCCGAUCCGACUAGAGCGAGACAUUCGGGAUAUAGAGAUAGAAAAUUUGAGAAGGCAUGUAGAGAAGUUAACCCAUCACAUGGCGGAAAAUCUCGUUGUAACACACUAUGAUGGUUGUAAGUCGGACGUUGUUUUCAAGAACCUGUUCUAUGCACACGCUCCGCGUCGGGAGUCCCAUGUUUGGGAGAGUAGAUCAUGGGAUUUAGUUGAUUUACAUGAUUGAAGGAGAACAAGGUUAUUUUUGUUAAGUUCGUAUCGAAUAUUGGUAGGUUGUAGAUUGAGAUUUCUACUAAAUGUGAUACGUACUUAAAUGAUGAACAAGAUUUUGUAAGAGAUAUGAUCUACGACGAUGAUCAA